CCUUAGUUAUCAAAGUUACAACAGAGAUUAAAGAAACAUAAAUAACUUGGUUAAACCGAAGGGCCUAAAAAAACUGUUUAUCAUGGAAGAAUGCAGCAAAAGAGUGUCACCCUUUGUGUUGAUCUGCUCUCUCAUAAUCCACACAACAAUUGCCGCAAACGACACCAUUAAGCUUUCCCAGAGCAUUAGAGAUGGCGAAACAGUGGUGUCAUCAGGUGGGAUGUUCGAACUCGGAUUCUUCUCUCCCCAAAACUCGAGCAAUCGUUACGUGGGCAUCUGGUACAAGGCCAUACCUGUUCAGACAGUGGUUUGGGUUGCCAAUAGAGAAGCUCCACUCACAAAUAAAACCGGCGUCUUAACAGUGACGGAGCCCGGAAUUCUGUCGCUUCUCAGCGACGCCAACGGCCUCAUAUGGUCCACCAACAGAUCACGAAGCGUGCAGAAUCCAAUUGCACGGCUGCUGGAUUCAGGGAAUCUUGUGGUGAAGGAUGCAGACCAUGAUGAUUACCUAUGGCAGAGCUUCGACUAUCCAUGCGACACGUUUCUCCCCGGCAUGAGCUUAGGAUGGAACUACACGAGCGGGGUGGAGAGCUACAUCUCUUCGUGGCGGAGCGAGAGCGACCCUGCCCCGGGGAGGUACACAGCCCACCUGGAUCCCACUGGAUACCCGCAGAUGCUGAUCAAGGAAGGCGAUGCUAUCAAAAACAGGAUGGGGCCGUGGAAUGGUGUUAGAUUGAGUGGUGCACCAGAUAUAAGCAAUGAUCCAAUGUAUAUUCUGUCGUUGGUGAGGACUAAUGAUGUGGUCAAGUACAAGGAAGACACUCGCGAUCAAUCAGCGAUUUCCAGGUCUGUUGUCACAAUCGAUGGUGACUCAGGCCGCUGGAUUUGGAACAGUCAGGAGCAGAUCUGGACUGUUUACAGAAGAACCGUCACGGAUCCUUGCGAUGCUUACAAUUCUUGCGGUCCCAAUGGGUAUUGCGAUGGGAACUCGCCCUUCUGUCGCUGCCUCGACAGAUUUGAGCCUCGAGAUAAACAGAGUUGGGACAGAGAAGAGUGGUUGGGUGGGUGUGUUAGAAGGGCGGAUUUGAACUGUUCUGAUGAUGUGUUUUUGAAUUAUUCCGGGAUCAAAUUGCCAGAUUCUACAAACUCUACAAUCAGAGAUGACAACAUUACACUCCAAGAAUGUGAAGCGCAAUGCAAGAGGAGCUGCUCUUGCACGGCAUAUACGCGGUUGGAUAUAAAAGAGGAAGGGAGAGGAUGCUUGUUUUACCAUGGGGAAUUGGUAGAUAUCAGAAUUUUACUUACAGGAGGCCAGGAUCUUUACAUCAGAUUGGCUUCUUCAGAAUAUGCUGUGUUUACAGGACAAGUUUCAGACCAAAAUGGGAAGAAGAGAGCCAUAAUCAUAGCGAGUUUGGCAUCAGUAACAGGAGUGAUUCUUGUGUGCUUAAGCAUCUUUUGGAUUAUAACACGAAAGAGGAACAAGGAGGCGAUUGUGACACAAGAAGCUGCAGGGCCAUCUGGUGCAGAUCAUGUUAAAGAAGGAGAGCUGCCAUUCUUCAGCUUCUCCACAAUCUUGAAAGCUACUGAUCAUUUUCCUUCAAAGAACAAGCUCGGUGAAGGUGGAUUCGGACCUGUUUACAAGGGCAAGCUAGAAGACGGACAGGAAAUAGCAGUAAAACGUCUCGCAAAAACCUCAUCACAAGGAGUUGAUGAGCUCAAGAAUGAAGUAAUGUUGAUAGCCAAACUUCAGCAUCGCAAUCUGGUGAGGACGUUAGGGUUCUGCGCUGAAGGAGAGGAGAACAUGUUGAUCUAUGAAUACAUGCCUAAUCAUAGCCUCGACUUGAUUUUAUUUGAUCAAACAAAGAGUAUGUCACUUGACUGGCGGAAACGGUUCCACAUUAUCAACGGAAUUGCAAAGGGGCUGUUGUAUCUUCAUCAAGAUUCGAGAUUAAGAAUCAUCCAUCGCGACCUCAAAGCUAGCAACAUUCUGCUCGAUGCAGACAUGAAUCCGAAGAUAUCAGACUUUGGACUAGCUAGGAGUUUCGGAGGGAACGAAACAGAAGCUCAGACACGCAGAGUUGUGGGAACAUAUGGAUACAUGGCUCCAGAAUACGCGACAGACGGGCUCUUCUCAGUGAAAUCCGACGUGUUCAGCUUCGGCGUGCUCAUGCUAGAAAUAGUGAGCGGAAAGAAGAACAGAGGAUUCUUCGUCAAAGAUGAUAAUCUCAACCUUCUUGGACACGCGUGGAGGCAUUAUAGGCAAGGGGAGUCGAUCAAACUAGUGGAUCCGGCUCUAGGAGAGGCGUUCGACGCGGCGCAAGUGGUGCGGUCGAUUAAUGUGGGGUUAUUGUGCGUGCAGAAUUGUGUUGAAGAUAGGCCAAACAUGUCUGCAGUGAUAUUUAUGCUGGGAAAUGAAGUUGCAUUGCCUCAGGCUAAGCAGCCUGGAUUCUUUACUGAGAAAGAUGUUUUUGCAGACCGCAGUUUUAGUAGCUCAAAUGCAGCAAAUUCACAGAAUCAAAUAACAAUUACAAUGCCAGAGGGUAGGUAGAUAGUUGCAAUCCCUCUUUAAUUUUUGUAUUCAAAUAUAUUCAUCUUUAUAAAGAUUUGAAAAAUA